AUGAACCCUGCCUCAAGCGGCGCUGCCGACUCCCGCAGCCAGCUAGACAAUAGCAAUAGAAAACAACAGCAACAGCGCGCUUCCUCUCCGGCUGGCGGCAAAGACACUGGAUCCAAAGAGACACCGAAAAGCAGCACUCCGUCAAAGAGCAUCACGUCAAAGCAGUGCGGAGGAGGGAGAGGCAGCCGCGUCAGCUCCCCGGUCUCCACGGCAACCAGCAAAGACAGACAGUCUUCCUCUUCCACAGGCGCGGCAAGCGUGGCAGGCGCGGCCCCUGUCCAGCCCGGAGGUGCUGAAAUCCAGACGUUGAGCAGGGCGGCGGCGGCUGGGAGCAGCAGAGGAGCGGCAGAGGAGGGCAGUAGUCAGUCUGAAGACUCGCGUUGCACUGACAUAUCGUGCUUUAAGGGGGAUACAACACGGGUUGUUUCUGAUCAGCCUUGUUCAUCCAAAUCUCCUAAAUUGAAGAACAAUAACCCGAGAGGAGAGGGAGGAGGAGGAGCUAGCAGCACAGCGACCGGCAACAAAAAGAGCUCCAGCAAGAGCAGUGUGGGCUGCGGCCCUGGGUUCUGGAGAGAGGGAUGUUUGCAGUCUGAGCUGAUCCAGUUUCACCUGAAUAAGAGCUUAAAGAAAGGAGGAGGCAAGAUGCAGACGAAGACACUGUCUCCCCCGGAGCCCGUCACAGAAAUGGCGGAACCAGAGGAUCUCACCCCUGAGGCCAUCGUUAACGAGCCCGAGCCGGUACCUGAGCCUGACCAGCUAUUUCAGGAGGAGAUAGAGAAGCUGGAGGAUGAAAAUGAUGAGCUAAAGGUAUGUCUGUAUGUCUGCCGCUGCCACAUCUGUAUGGUUAUGAGAAUGGGUUUAAUAACAGCAUAUCUUAGCUGCCUAUGCUUUAUACUGUUGUCCAGGGGCGUCAUGCACCCCCAAAAUCUGAGGAGCACAAAGUACAUGAGGAUGGCUGGGGGGGGGGGGGGGGGGGUUGUUCUGGAGGGGGGCUAUGCCCCUGUCCAUAAAUUGGAGAAUUUUGCAUUUUUCAAACACCUGAAACAGCUUUUUCCAGCAAUCUAAUGCCAAAAUCAUUAUGCUUAAUUCUAUGUCCAAAAUAUGUAUUUUUUUACGCAUAUCUAAGCAUACCUCUUGAGCUGUCUGUAUCCUCCUGACUGGUGGUUUAAAAAUAUAUAUAUAUAUAUAUGCUUUUCUGCAUCUCUGCUCAAAUCUGGGUAAAAGAUUGAAAGGAAUGUGAGUCUUAUUCAGUACAUUUAGUUAUUGCUUGCUUUUCUAAAGUCUACCAACCUUGCCAGCAGCCAGCUAAGAUCGUUAGACAAGCUAGCUACUCUAACUUGAUAGCCUGUAAUGGCUUCUUGGUAGCUAGUUAUGAUGAUGGGAGGUUGGGAACCUAUCUGGGCUAGCGAAAACCAACCUCAUAAAAUUGCUUCAUAAAAAUGGCUAGUAGUAUUACAGAGAAAAAACGAACAAAGAAAUGUAUUUAAAAAAAAUAUAUAUUGUUAUUUUUUAAACAGCACAAAUCUGAGGGGGCAGGUGCCCCUAUGGGCAUGACGCCUUUGAUGUUGCCUCUAUAAUGUUUUAUUGAUGCCUCUAAUUGCUCUCUCUCUCUCUCUCUCUCUCUCUCUCUCUCUCUCUCUCUCUCUCUCUCUCUCUCUCUCUCUCUCUCUCUCUCUCUCUCUCUCUCUCUCUCUCUCUCUCUCUCUCUCUCUCUCUCUCUCUCUCUCUCUCUCUCUCUCUCAUUGGUUCCUAUUAGACUGAGAUAGAGGAGAUGAGAGUGGAGAUGGAUGAGAUGAGAGACACGUUCUAUGAAGAGGACGCGUGCCAGCUGCAGGACAUGCGUCGCGAGCUGGAGCGAGCCAAUAAGAACUGCCGGAUUCUCCAGUACCGUCUGAGGAAGGCGGAGAGGAAGAGGAUGAGGUUCGCCCAGACCGGAGAGGUAGACGGAGAGCUACUGAGGGCCCUGGAGCAGGACUUGAAGGUAAGAUGCUGUCUAGACUCUAGGGGAACUAUUUUCGGCUGGCGUUAAGGCGGCGCUAAUGUCAAACGCACGCUAGUUUGCGAUUUCGACAUGUAAAAACUGGAUCACCUGACAUUUUCCAGCCCUAACGCCAGGUUUGGCAAUUUACCUGUCUUAUAUCAUCUCACUUGCGCUAAAUGGGAGGGGUGGAAAUAUUUGAGGUGUGUCCUUAAAAACAUGAUCCAAAGCGCUAAUUUCAGGCAGCGCUGAUAGGGAUAUUUAAGACCAACCAAAAGCUGGUUUUAGCGGUAACGCAGUUGGUUAUGGCAUGCAUUCUGACCGUGGAAAUCCAGCCUAUCCUGCGGUGACGCACCCUGCUCAUAUGCGCAUGGAACAAGAGUAGCCUAAUGUGCUUUUGGUGCCUGUAUACUUCGUAUUUAGACACGUCAGAAAAUGUUUUUUUUCCCAUUUCGUUUUAUUUUGUUAAAACCAAGUAUAACCUCCCUCCUCUCAAUUAAGUUUUUUGUAUGUCCUGCCCAAUGCAAUCGCGAAGUAGUCAAGACUGUCGAUAAAAGGUUUGGCUCCUGAGACCGCUUGGAAAUAAAUCUUAAUCACCAAAGCUUUAGUAAAAUAUAAAGUUUGAGAGGAGUAAAACAGUGAGCUGACAUUCCAUUUUUAUCUAUGUAUUGUAUGCAGGCCCACAUUAUUUUAGCCAUGCAGGUCCCGUUUUGGAGGUGCGUAAAACCCCCUCCAUGAUGUAGCCUACGUGUCCAUGCCCAUCAUGAAACGAGAGAUGAGAACCUCUGUGAAUACCGGUGAACCUAGUAUUUAGAAGUGAUCUGUAACCUGUAACAAUAGCUUGUUUUCCAUUUGAUAUGUUCUAAACCCCUCAGAUCUACUAUAAUGAAGGCUGGUUCAAUAACCCAAGCCCUCCCUCAGGUCUACUAUAAUGAAGGCUGGUUCAACAACCCAAGCCCUCCCUCAGGCCUACUAUAAUGAAGGCUGGUUCAACAACAAGCCCUCCCUCAGGUCUACUAUAAUGAAGGCUGGUUCAACAACAAGCCCUCCCUCAGGCCUACUGUAAUGAAGGCUGGUUCAACAACAAGCCCUCCCUCAGGCCUACUGUAAUGAAGGCUGGUUCAACAACAACACCCAACCCCUCCCUCAGGUCUACUAUAAUGAAGGCUGGUUCAACAACAAGCCCUCCCUCAGGCCUACUAUAAUGAAGGCUGGUUCAACAACAAGCCCUCCCUCAGGUCUACUAUAAUGAAGGCUGGUUCAACAACAAGCCCUCCCUCAGGUCUACUAUAAUGAAGGCUGGUUCAACAACAAGCCCUCCCUCAGGUCUACUAUAAUGAAGGCUGGUUCAACAACAAGCCCUCCCUCAGGCCUACUAUAAUGAAGGCUGGUUCAACAACAAGCCCCUCCCUCAGGUCUACUAUAAUGAAGGCUGGUUCAACAACAAGCCCUCCCUCAGGCCUACUAUAAUGAAGGCUGGUUCAACAACAAGCCCUCCCUCAGGUCUACUAUAAUGAAGGCUGGUUCAACAACAAGCCCUCCCUCAGGUCUACUAUAAUGAAGGAUGGUUCAACAGCAACCCAAGCAUCCCUCAGGCCUACUAUAAUGAAGGCUGGUUCAACAACAAGCCCUCCCUCAGGUCUACUAUAAUGAAGGCUGGUUCAACAGCAACCCAAGCAUCCCUCAGGUCUACUAUAAUGAAGGCUGGUUCAACAACCCAAGCCCUCCCUCAGGUCUACUAUAAUGAAGGCUGGUUCAACAACAAGCCCUCCCUCAGGCCUACUAUAAUGAAGGCUGGUUCAACAGCAACCCCUCCCUCAGGCCUACUAUAAUGAAGGCUGGUUCAACAGCAACCCCUCCCUCAGGUCUACUAUAAUGAAGGCUGGUUCAACAACAAGCCCUCCCUCAGGUCUACUAUAAUGAAGGCUGGUUCAACAGCAACCCAAGCAUCCCUCAGGCCUACUAUAAUGAAGGCUGGUUUGGCAUGUCCAUGCUCAGCCAUAAUGUAAUUUACAGUAGGCCUAGCCCAUAUAUCAGUGUGAAUGCUAUUGAAGCCAUGGAAUUACUUAGAACAAUGUGGACUGCAAAUGGGUUCAAGUUAACAUAUUCAGCAAAGAUAGGUCUACAUUUUGUUAUUUUGUUUCUGUAAGCCAUUUAACAAACUAUAACGGACUAACAUUGGAAUUGGAGUUGAUUCCAAGGCAAUACAUAAAAGACCAUAAAUACACAACUUGAAGCAACCACAUAUUUUUGCCAUGGAGCACGUUCUGAUUGGCCAGUGAGGGGCCAAGCCUAGACACACCCACAACUUGUUUAGUCAUCUAAACCCAGCCCUUUAGCGCCAACGCCAGAUGGUGCGCCGAUAAUUGUGAUAGUGAAAAUAGCUCAAAUAUUUCUGACACAUCCCUGAACCUAUAGUGCUACCGCCAGCGCUUAGAUUGACCAUUGUGUUAAAAUAGAGCCCUCUACGUCAUAGGGUGUGACCUGAAGGUCAUGUUGUCUAGACUCUAUAUGUCAUAGGGUGUGACCUGAAGGUAAUGUUGUCUAGACUCUAUAUGUCAUAGGGUGUGACCUGAAGGUCAUGUUGUCUAGACUCUAUAUGUCAUAGGGUGUGACCUGAAGGUAAUGUUGUCUAGACUCUAUAUGUCAUAGGGUUUGACCUGAAGGUCAUGUUGUCUAGACUCUAUAUGUCAUAGGGUGUGACCUUAAGGUAAUGUUGUCUAGACUCUAUAUGUCAUAGGGUGUGACCUGAAGGUAAUGUUGUCUAGAUUCUAUAUGUCAUAGGGUGUGACCUGAAGGUCAUGUUGUCUAGACUCUAUAUGUCAUAGGGUGUGACCUGAAGGUAAUGUUGUCUAGACUCUAUAUGUCAUAGGGUGUGACCUGAAGGUCAUGUUGUCUAGACUCUAUAUGUCAUAGGGUGUGACCUGAAGGUAAUGUUGUCUAGACUCUAUAUGUCAUAGGGUGUGACCUUAAGGUAAUGUUGUCUAGACUCUAUAUGUCAUAGGGUUUGACCUGAAGGUAAUGUUGUCUAGACUCUAUAUGUCAAAGGGUGUGACCUGAAGGUCAUGUUGUCUAGACUCUAUAUGUCAUAGGGUGUGACCUUAAGGUAAUGUUGUCUAGACUCUAUAUGUCAUAGGGUUUGACCUGAAGGUCAUGUUGUCUAGACUCUAUAUGUCAUAGAGUGUGACCUGAAGGUCAUGUUGUCUAGACUCUAUAUGUCAUAGGGUGUGACCUUAAGGUAAUGUUGUCUAGACUCUAUAUGUCAUAGGGUUUGACCUGAAGGUAAUGUUGUCUAGACUCUAUAUGUCAUAUGGUGUGACCUGAAGGUAAUGUUGUCUAGACUCUAUAUGUCAUAGGGUGUGACCUGAAGGUAAUGUUGUCUAGACUCUAUAUGUCAUAGGGUGUGACCUUAAGGUAAUGUUGUCUAGACUCUAUAUGUCAUAGGGUUUGACCUGAAGGUAAUGUUGUCUAGACUCUAUAUGUCAUAGGGUGUGACCUGAAGGUCAUGUUGUCUAGACUCUAUAUGUCAUAGGGUGUGACCUGAAGGUAAUGUUGUCUAGACUCUAUAUGUCAUAGGGUGUGACCUGAAGGUAAUGUUGUCUAGACUCUAUAUGUCAUAGGGUGUGACCUUAAGGUAAUGUUGUCUAGACUCUAUAUGUCAUAGGGUUUGACCUGAAGGUAAUGUUGUCUAGACUCUAUAUGUCAUAGGGUGUGACCUGAAGGUAAUGUUGUCUAGACUCUAUAUGUCAUAGGGUGUGACCUGAAGGUCAUGUUGUCUAGACUCUAUAUGUCAUAGGGUGUGACCUUAAGGUAAUGUUGUCUAGACUCUAUAUGUCAUAGGGUUUGACCUGAAGGUAAUGUUGUCUAGACUCUAUAUGUCAUAUGGUGUGACCUGAAGGUAAUGUUGUCUAGACUCUAUAUGUCAUAGGGUGUGACCUGAAGGUAAUGUUGUCUAGACUCUAUAUGUCAUAGGGUGUGACCUGAAGGUAAUGUUGUCUAGACUCUAUAUGUCAUAGGGUGUGACCUGAAGGUAAUGUUGUCUAGACUCUAUAUGUCAUAGGGUUUGAUCUCAGGUGCAUCCUGUUUCCAUUGAUCGUCCUUGAGAUGUUUCUACAACUUGAUUUGAGUCCACCUGUGGUAAAUUCAAUUGAUUGGACAUGAUUUGGAAAGGCACACACCUGUCUAUAUAGGUGACCAAGAACCCGAUGGUCACUCUGACAGAGCUCCAGAGUUCCUCUGUGGAGAUGGCUGUGCAGCAACGCUCCCCAUCCAACCUGACAGAGCUUGAGAGGAUCUGCAGAGAAGAAUGGGAGAAACUCCCUAAAUACAGGUGUGCCAAGCUUGUAGCGUCAUACCCAAGAAGACUCAAGGCUGUAAUCGCUGCCAAAGGUCCUUCAACAAAGUACUGAGUAAAGGGUCUGAAUACUUAUGUAAAUGUGAUAUUUCUGGUUUUUUUUACCUGUUUUUGCUUUGUCAUUAUGGGAUAUUGUGUGUAGAUUGAUGAGGGGGAAAAAUCAAUUUAAUCAAUUUUAGAAUAAGGCUGUAAUGUAACAAAAUGUGGACAAAGUCAAGGGGUCUGAAUACUUUCCGAAUGCACUGUUUGCUAAUAGACCAGGGCCCAUCCCUCUCCCUCCCUGUCUCUCUCCCCCUCCCUGUCUCUCUCCCCCCUCUCUUUCCCUCUCCCUCUCCCCCUCCCCCUCCCUCUCCCUGUCUCUCUCCCUCUCCCCCUCCCUCUCCCUGUCUCUGUCCCCCUCCCUCCCCCCCUCCAGGUAGCGAAGGAUGUGUCAGUGCGUCUGCACCAUGAAUUGGAGAACGUGGAGGAGAAGAGGACGAAGACGGAGGAGGAGAACGAGAAGCUGAGGCAAAAGCUGAUAGAGGUGGAGGUGACCAAGCAGGCCCUGCACAACCAGCUGGAGAAGGCCAAGGAGGUGAGGAGGGGGGAGACAGGGAGGGUUAGGGUGGUGGGUUAGGGGGGAGACAGGGAGGGUUAGGGUGGUGGGUUAGGGUUAGGUGGAGGUGACCAAGCAGGUCCUGCACAACCAGCUGGAGAAGCCAAGGAGGUGAGGAGGACACCUGCUGCCAGGGAGGGCAAGUUUCUGCACUGUCAUGUGCCCGACUGGGUUCAAACCCAGGUCUCCCGCGUGCCACAAGACUGUGUUAGCCUGCUUAGCUAAAUCCGAGACGUUAGCUCAGGGAGUUAACACAAGGCAUGGUUACUCAUCACAAGCUUGUUAGUUAAGAGGUUCUGAGAGUCAGUCAUGUUUUAAUGAUCGAGAGUCUGUCUGUAAAGCACAUGAACUGUCCAUAACAGAUUCCACCAGUCAUGUACAUUUGUCAAAGCUAACGGUUAACAGUGGGCUGAUGAUGUGAUGUCACCUUUAUUCUCUGACAGCUGUCACUGAAGAGAAGAGGAGGCAGGGAUGUUCAGAAAGAGAAAAGGAUUCCACAGACCCCAAUAGAGGUAUGUCACCAUCAACAAUGUUUUACGUCAUCGUUAUUCAUCAAACUAUAUCAAGAGACAAAAGACCACAACUUAUAUUCUUCUCUCCCCCAGGAGGAAAAUGAGGAUCUGAAAUGCCAGCUGGCCUUCAUCAAGGAGGAAGCCGUUUUGAUGAGGAAGAAGAUGGCUAAAAUUGACAAGGAGAAGGACCGGCUGGAACACGAGCUGCAGAAGUACCGCUCCUUCUACGGGGACGUGGACAGCCCUGGGCCCAAGGGAGAGGCUGGGGGACCAGCCACCUCUCGGGAGUCAGAGCUGAAACUGAGGCUGAGACUGGUGGAGGAGGAAGCCAACAUCCUGGGGAGGAAGAUUGUAGAGCUGGAGGUGGAGAACAGAGGACUGAAGGCUGAACUGGAGGACAUGAGAGACAGGUAGGGAGGGAGGAAGAUAGUAGUGCUGGGGGUGGAGGACUGUAGGCUGAACUGGAGGACAGGUAGGCUCAAUGGACCCCUAAACCCUACGCCCUACGCCCUACGCACUUGUGGAGAUCUGAGAGGAUUUGACAGGUGUAAGCAAUAUGUAUGCUAAUAGCUCCACCUUGCCCUCUGAUAGGCUGGAUAGAUGUUUCACCAUAUUGCUUAUACCAAUCAAAUUCUCUCAGAUCUCCUUAAGUCUUUGUAAAUAAACAAGAUACAUUUGAUUGAUUGAUGUAUUGAUUGGUUGAUAAUAAUAAUAAUAAUAAUAAUAUGCCAUUUAGCAGACGCUUUUAUCCAAAGCGACUUACAGUCAUGUGUGCAUACAUUUUUACGUAAGGGUGGUCCCGGGGAUCGAACCCACUACCCUGGCGUUACAAGUGCCAUGCUCUACCAAUUGAGCUACAGAGGACCAUUGAGGCUGAUAUAUUGAGGCUGAUAUAUUGAUUGAUGCAUUGAUUGAUUUAUGUAUUGGUUGAUGCAUUGAUUGAUUGGUGUAUAAUUGAUGUAUUGAUUGAUGCAUUGAUUUAUUGAUGUAUUGAUUGAUGCAUUGAUUGAUUGAUUGAUGUAUUAAUAGAUGCAUUCAUUGAUGUAUUGCCUGAUGCAUUGCCAGGGAUGAGGUGGCUGGAGGCUCGGCUGAGCAUGGCUGCAGCAGGGAGCAGGGAGAGGAACUCAGGGAGCUAAGGCAACAGCUACAGCUGGUGGAAGACGAGGCGGAGCUACUUAGGAGGAACCUGCAGGACGCAGAGGAGGACAACAACAAGGUGGGUCCAAAAUCACACCCUAUUCCCUAAAUAGUUGUCAACCUUUUGUCGUUACUGUUACCAUGAUCACAUUUAGCUCUCUCUCAAGCACCCCCUCAUAUGCUAUGUAUCAUUACAUUUUAGUCAUUUAGCAGACACUCUUAUCCAGAGCGACUUACAGGAGCAAUUAGGGUUAAGUGCCUUGCUCAAGGGCACAUCGACAGAUCUUUCACCUAUUCGGCUCGGGGAUUAGAACCAGCGACCUUUCGGUUACUGGCACAACGCUCUUAACCACUAAGCUACCUGCCGCCCCGGCAGGCCUAUGGUCUCAUAAGGUUGACCUAGUACCUACUGGGGAAGGCCACAGACACGUACCCCAGGUUGAGAACCACUGAUUUAUCCAGAGAGCGAUUUACAGUCAGUGAUUCAAGCUAAGGUACAUACUGUUUCAAUCCCCACUAAAACCUUAUUUUAGGUGACGGGAGAGCUAAACAAGCUAAAGUACAAGGAGGGCUCCAGGCACGGUGCUGGUGGUGGGGCCGGGGCAGCUGCGGACCGGGCCAAGGUGGAGGUCCUGCAGGAGGAGCUAAAGGCUGCCAGGCUGCAGAUCAACGAGCUGAGUGGCAAGGUGAGGUAGCAUGAUGGACUACACUACCCACAAUGCUCUGUGUAUUUUUUCUGGCAGGGUUGGGGUCAAUUCCAUUUUAAUUCCUUCAAUUCAGGAAGUUACCUGGAAUUCCAAUUUCCCUCAAUGCUUCUCUAUGAGAACACAUUGGAAGUGGAAUUUCAGUUUACUUCCUGAAUUGAUUAAUGAAUUGAUUUAAAUUGAAAUGAAACUGACAGCUGAAGCUUACAUAAUGGUUUCCAUCUCCGACGCUAACAUAAUGCUAUCCUGUCUCCUUACCUCUACAGGUGAUGCAGAUGCAGUAUGAGAACCGGGUCCUCCUGUCCAACAUGCAACGCUAUGACCUGGCAUCACACCUGGGCAUCAGGGCCAGCCCCCGGGAAAGUGACGCAGAGAGUGACGGAGGAGAUGACGCCUCCACCUCAUCACGCUUCCCACCCCACCGUAAACGCGAAGGCCCCGUCGGAGGGGAGAGCGACUCGGACGAGGUGACACAGCGUAAUGUACUACAGUACCCAUAAUGCAUUGUGUAUUAAAUACAGUGAAGCUGACAGCUGACAUAAGGUUAUCCCGUCUCCCUACCAAUCCAGGUGCGUAACAUCCGGUGCCUGACCCCCACCCGCUCCCUGUACUCCCCCGAGGGCCGCUUCCUCCCCCGCAGCCUGAAGGACCGGCAGCAGAUGAUGGACAUCCGUAUAGAAGCAGAGCGACUGGGCCGGACCAUCGAUAGGCUGAUAGCAGACACCAGUACCAUCAUCGCUGAGGCCCGGGUCUAUAUGGUCUCCAACGGGGAGCUUUAUGAGGAGGAAGGGAGCGCCGUCAGGGAGCAUGAGCUGCUGUACAGGAUCAACGCUCAGAUGAAGGCCUUCAGGAAGGAGCUGCAGGGCUUUAUAGACAGACUGGAUGUCCCCAAGUCAGAGGACAAGGAGGAUGAGGAACCACUGUCUGUAAGUUGA